ACAGUCAUAAAUCGGACUCCGAGGAGCCAGGAAGUAUGCAGCGCGACAGAUAAAGUCGAGAGAGCGGGCGUUUGUUGUCAGUGGACGGGGAUCACACGCUUCGGGGUGAGAGGGAAUUAUAGCCCAGUGCGAAAUUGAGCCUAAUCCAUUGCAGUGGCAGAGACUGACCACUCACUAGUUUAGAUUUGAAAGCGGGGAGAGAUCACGACCCUGCUUACAAUUAGGUAAAUAUUACGUUAGCACAUUGCUACUAAACAAGACGGAAGAGAAUAGAAGCGGGAUAGCUGUUAUUUCACGGAAAAGGUUUUUCUUGCUCACAAAACAAUUAAAAUCAAGGAAAAUUUCUCAGCAAAGCUUCAAGAUGCCUCGGGUGGUCCCGGAUCAAAGGAGCAAGUUUGAAAACGAAGAAUUCUUCAGGAAACUCAGUCGGGAGUGCGAGAUCAAAUACACAGGUUUCCGAGACAGACCGCACGAGGAGAGGCAAGCCAGGUUUCAGAACGCUUCUAGAGACGGUCGCUCAGAAAUAGCUUUUGUGGCGACGGGCACCAACCUCUCGCUGCAGUUCUUCCCAGCCAACUUGCAUGGGGAGCAGAGGCAGACGCCCACACGAGAUUAUGUGGACUUUGACCGGGAGACGGGAAAGGUGUACCUGAAGGCCCCUAUGAUCCUGAAUGGAGUGUGUGUGAUCUGGAAGGGCUGCAUAGACCUGCAGCGCCUGGAUGGGAUGGGCUGUCUGGAGUUCGAUGAGGAGAGAGCACAGCAUGAGGAUGCCCUGGCACAGGCAUCCUUUGAGGAGUCGCGUAGGAGGACCCGGGACUUUGAGGACAGAGACCGCUCGCACCGAGAGGACCUGGAGGACCCUGUGGCAUCAAAAAUCUGGGACUGAUGGCAUUCAAGGACCAGGCCCAGGCGACAGCAGGACCCCAGCCCUGGCACCAACAUGGGCAACAACGCUGAUGAUCACAAGAUGCGCUAGAGGCCAGAGAGACGCAGGGGGUGGGGUCAGGGUGACCUGUCCAUCGUACUAUGCCAGUCUCACACCCUGUCACCAAGCUGUUAACUGGAGAGACCAAAGUCCACAUUGCUAGGGAUUUGGGGGUGGGUGGGGGUGGGGGUGGGGCCCUUUUUCAUUUUAAGAAGGGACUGGGUGAGGUGGGUGUCCAUUUUUAAGUGUGGUGUAAGAGGAUCGACCCAAACCUCCUUGUCUUCUGGGGGGUUUUGCACUAUCUGAUACAUUCAGUUUAGUACCCACAUUGCCUUCUGUAUGCAUGGAGCACCUGCCUACCUAUGUUUUCUUUUGUCCCUCUAUGCAAGCUAUUUCGGCAGCACUUUCUUUUACAAUGCUUUAUAAAUAGGAAAUUACUGGGUGAUUAAAUGGAACACAUUUGUUCUUAAAUAAUUCCGUAUUCUUCCUAAAUUGUUACAUUUCUAAUAAUUCCAAAUAUCUUCUUCCAUCUUCCUUAUUGUUUCCCAUAAAGUUUGUUUCAAAUCAGGUAGCAACUGAGGAGCACUGAGCAUAAAUGUAUUUCACGCUAAAUUCUAAUCUAUUGAUAAUUACUUAUUAAAGCGGCAAUCAGAAGUUGAAACAAUAACAUUGCGUCCACCCUACCCGUUUCUGUAAAAAGCUGAGGGAUGGGGCUGGAGAAAUGUAACCACUCUCAAAUUCAUAGACUACGCUAUGGAUGCAAGGACUGACUAUCCAUGAUAUCAAAAUUAUAGUUUUAACCAUGUUUUGAGGCUAUAUAGUCUUUGUUUACAUUUAUUUUGUUUCGAAACAUUGGAGUAAAACAAGCUUCCCACUGGGCACACACUGAUUAAAUCAAUGUUGUUACAACAUAAUUUCAAUGAAAUUACGUUGAACCAACGUGGAAUAGACUUUGAAUUGACGUCUGUGCCCAGUGGGUUAUAUUUUGGGUUCUGAUGCGGUACGACAGUUGAAAUAAGCUUAUGAGGCAUUUAUAAAUUAUAUUCUUCAAGAAUCAAUGAGUAUGUAUCAUUAAUUUUCACUACAUGACCAAAAGUAUGUGGACACCUGCUUAUCAAACAUCUCAUUCCAACAUCAUGGGCAUUAAUAUGGAGUUGGUCCCCCC